AUGCAGCUCACUUCGAUCAUUGCUGUUGCGGUUGUCGCCGCUCAGGGGUUAGUUCAGGGUGCUACGAUUUGUGAGAGAGUGAAGAACAUUGUCGGGGAGCAACUAGGUGUGGCAAUGGAGAGAGUCACGGACAACGCUGCGUUUGUGGAGGAUCUUGGGGCGGAUGCUCUGGAUGUGGUUGAGCUCAUUGUGGCAUUUGAAGAAGCAUUCAACACCAAAAUCCCUGUUGAAGCAGCUAGGGGGAUCAAUACUGUUCAAUCAGCCUGUAACUACAUUAAGCUGCAUCAGGCUACGCAAAACUCCCCGAUUGGAUGCUAA